CAGCAGCGGGUGUGCGCUCUGCGCGCGCUAUAAAAGCAGCACUCAGCCUCGGAGUCAGCAACAGGUAACUCAGGUGAAGCCUCCUGCUCCCCUCUCACAGAUCUGGACACAAAAGCGCUCCGCUGCAGAUAGUCAUGGCUCCUAGACCAGAAGUAGAGGGAGAUAACUCCUCCUCUAUCGAUGAGAAGUCUCUGUCUAAAGAAGAGCGUCUCCCACCGGCUUACUCCACUCUGGUUCUGGUGAAGGAGAAUGAGGAGGCUUCGGAGGAUCCCUGGGAUCUUCCAGAGCUGACAGACACUGGGGUCAAGUGGUCAGAUCUAGACACAAAGGGGAAGAUUUUAAGAGUGUUAACCGCUAUUCUGAAGCUGGUUCUACUGCUUGGACUUCUCUACAUGUUUAUUUGCUCACUUGAUGUUCUCAGCUCUGCUUUCCAGCUAGUGGGAGGCCGAGCUGCUGGUGACAUCUUCAAAAACAGUGAGGUGCUAACUAACCCUGUGGCUGGGCUGGUGAUCGGGGUUUUAGUCACAGUGCUGGUGCAGAGCUCCAGCACUUCCUCCUCUAUCGUGGUCAGCAUGGUCGCCUCUGGACUACUGGAAGUUAAAAUGGCAGUGCCAAUCAUCAUGGGAGCCAACAUCGGAACAUCUGUCACCAACACUAUUGUGGCUAUGAUGCAGGCAGGAGAUCGGAAUGAGUUCCGCAGGGCAUUUGCUGGUGCUACAGUCCACGACUUCUUCAACUGGCUUUCUGUGCUGAUUCUUCUGCCGCUGGAAGCUGCCACAGGCGUUCUGUACAAAGUCACCAAACUCAUCAUCGAUUCUUUUCAUCUCGAGUCCGGAGAAGACGCCCCUGAACUGCUCAAGGUCAUCACAGACCCUCUCACAAAAUCCAUCAUCCAGCUCGACAAAUCUGUUAUCACUGCAAUUGCCACUGAUGACCCGGUUGGCAUGAACAAGAGUCUGAUAAAAAAAUGGUGCAAAACAGAGACCAACACGACUUUCUGGAAUGUGACAGUGAACGCCUGCCCACCAGGUGGCAUCUGCUGGGAGGACGGAAACCAGACUUGGACCCAGAUGAAUGAGACUUUUACCAAUUACAUUAAGAGAUGCAAUCACAUCUUUGCCAAUACGACCUUGUCAGAGUUGGCUGUGGGCCUCAUUCUGCUGGCUGCGUCUUUGGUCGUCCUCUGCACCUGUCUCAUCCUCAUCGUCAAGCUGCUCAACUCCAUGCUGAAGGGCCAAGUGGCUGUGCUGAUCAAGAAGGUGCUCAACACAGACCUACCCUUCCCCUUCACCUUUCUCAUGGGCUAUGUUGCAAUUUUGGUGGGAGCCGGGAUGACCUUCCUGGUUCAGAGUAGCUCUGUCUUCACCUCAGCUAUAACUCCUCUUGUUGGUAUCGGUGUUAUUAGCCUUGAACGAGCAUAUCCUCUGACGCUGGGGUCAAAUAUUGGUACAACAACAACAUCUAUACUUGCUGCUAUGGCUAGCCCUGGAGAAACAUUAGACAACUCUCUUCAGAUUGCACUUUGCCACUUCUUCUUCAACAUCUUUGGCAUUGUACUGUGGUACCCGAUCCCUUUCAUGCGCUUGCCCAUCAGGUUGGCUAGAGGGCUAGGGAACAAAACUGCCAAAUAUCGCUGGUUUGCUAUCAUCUACCUGAUUGUGGUCUUCUUGGUUUUCCCCCUGACUGUCUUUGGUCUGUCAAUGGCUGGCUGGAAAGUACUGGUCGGCGUCGGUGUGCCUUUCGUUGCUUUAAUUAUCUUUGUGAUCGUUGUCAAUGUGAUGCAAUCUCGCUGCCGACGCUUCUUGCCCAAGUUCCUCCGUACCUGGGACUUUUUACCCCGGCCCCUGCAUUCGAUGGCCCCGUGGGAUAGCAUCAUUACCUCAGCUUCAAGCUUCUGUGGCAAACACUGCUGCUGCUGCUGCAAAUGCUGCAAGUGCUGCAAGAAAAAUGAGGAGGUUGAAGCCAUUGAGACGAGCAGGAAGCCAAGUCUGGAGAUGUACGAUAACCCAGCCAUGUCUAAAGAUGAGGACACAAAGGAGGCCACUAAAAGAACACAAUUUUAAUGUAUUUAGUUAAAUUGUAUCUAUAUGCAAAACUAAAUGCAAUAAUGUAUUUAUGAUAUGACUUGUAAUUGUUCAUCACUUCUCAGGUUGUGAUAUAUUAUUGAUUCCCUUUUAAUGGGUGAUACACUGAGAAUUGUAGUGAACACUGGUGGAGAAUAUGAACAGAAGUGUUGCACAUAUUAUUAACUGACUGUUGUUGGCCAUGUGAUGUUUAGUUUUAUGAUGUUUUUUAGUAAAACAUCAUAAGAUUUACUGCUGGUAAUAUCUUAAUUAUGGAUGGUUGUGAAUGUUAUGAGUUAUUUUUAUAUUUCAUAAGACAUGUGGAAGGAGCCUUAAGGUUUUUUUCAACAUUUCAAAUACAGAUGUUUAUUGUAGCAUUUCAAAUGUAUCGUUAUUAGCAAAUUUUAUUUUAUCCCUCAGUAUUUAAGACUCUGAAAUAUUUGUAAAUAAAAAAUUGCUAUUUUU